AUGGAUGUUAAAACUAAAAAUGUACACCGCCCAAUUAAAAAUUUUAUAGCUAAACUUGAAGGAAGUGAAGAGCCUGAUAAAUGGGUUUUAUUGGGGAACCAUGCAGAUGCUUGGUCUAAGGGAAGUAUAGAUCCAGGAACGGGAACUUCUAUAAUGUUGGAAAUGGCUCGAGUUUUGAGUAUUUAUUCAAAAGAAACUGGUUGGAGACCAAGAAGGACAAUCAUUUUUUGUCAAUGGGAUGCUGAGGAAUUUGGCCUUAUUGGGUCAACAGAAUGGGUAGAACAAAAUUUGCUUCAAUUAAAACAAAGAGCUGUUGCUUAUAUUAAUUUGGAUAAUUUUAAUGGAAAUAUGACACUUAAUAUAAAGGCUGUGCCUCUUCUAUAUAGAUUAAUUGUGGAUGUGGCUUCUAGGCAAUUUUCCUAA